AUGCCGUCAAUCAAGUCUCUGUAUCCAAGGGCCUGGGAUAAUCGCCCACCAAAUAACAGCCCGGUGCCGAAGACUGUCCGCAAAUCGUUUUGUAAGGCGGUUGGCGCCAACUUCCUCUACCUCCAGUUUCUCUUUCUUGGCCUCUUCUGCUACAUCUUUGGGUCCCUAUUCCUGCAGACGAGCCAUAUUCACAAUCUUCAUGUCGUCUUUGUUGAUUAUGAUGGAGGCGCCAUUGGCCGCGCUGUGUUGGGUGCUUAUGCUGCUCUCCAAGGGCCGUCAUUUCCAUCUUUAGUCGAACGAUCGCCCUCAGACUUUCCAGCCUCAAUCGAUCUGCUCAAAGCCGUCUGUAAGACGAGAUACUGGGGGGCUCUCUACGUGUCACCAGGCGCAUCAGGCAGGCUGCAAGAGGCAUUGACGGAUGGCGCAGCAGCAUCGAUAUAUAACAACGCUGACGUGAUGGCGUACAUAUGGAAUGAAGCUAUGUAUGCUCCCACCGUCGACUCGGCCAUAUCGGCCAGCCUUGAGCUUCUAUCUGAGGCAGCCAGGGUAGCAUACAGUACUGGGAACGGGACUGGCAAUAUUACAUCUGUCUUCGGCCCUGCUACACUUUCGGUCUUCGCAGACCCUUGGGAGCUCCAAUCCAUCAACAUUCAGCCAACAGCUCACGGGUCGAGGGCAAUCUACAACACUGUGGUUAUCAUCUUAAUUCUAAUCCAAGAGUUCUUCUACCUCGGUACCAUCAAUGGCCUCUAUGCUCAGUUUAAACUAUAUGCCUCCGUCGACCCAUACCGAAUUAUUAUUGUCCGCAAUGCAAUUUCCCUCUCUUACACGUUUAUUGGGUCACUAUGCGUUAUCAGUACCAUCUGGGCGUUCAAAUCGGGCUGGGAUAUCAAUGGAAGUCAGUUUAUCUUAUCCUGGGUCGUUCUAUGGCUCUUCGCGCAUAUCAACUUUCUCACCAUUGAUGUAUUUACGAUAUGGCUACCACCUCCGUUUGUCCCAAUGGCCCUCGUGUCAUGGAUUAUCUUCAAUGUCACCUCCACUCUGCUGCCUUUCGAUCUAAGCCCGGCAUUCUAUCGCAUCGGGUAUAUAUUUCCCGCUCACGAGCUCUACCAAGUACUGAUAGAUAUCUGGUCUCGUGGUUGCAAUCCCCAACUGCACUAUGCACUACCGGUCUUGUUUGCCUGGGAGCUUGUGGCCCUCAUCUCAAGUGCUCUUGGGAAAAAGGAGUUCAAGGAGCGCCUUGAUGCUGCUGUGGAAUUCGAGAUGGAAAGGAUGAAUGAGAUGAAGCAAAAGCAUCCCGAGACUGUCAAGCCAGAGGCCGAACAAAAGAAUAAAGCAACACGCCCUGAGAAGGCUAUCUCCGAAGGUGGAGACGAAGAGAGGGUGGUGCGAGAAGAGCUGUCCCUUGUCCUCGAGCAGGUCAAUACUAGACAACGACGGGAGCAGGAAAGAACGAGCACGGCUUGCAACUUUGGGCCGGCAUUCAACCCACUAUUCAGCCAUGAGGGUGGCAAUGACGCGUAG